ACAUGGUGAACUCAGACCAAACAGUCAUAAAACCUUAACCAUCGGGUUCAGACAACACGAAACCGAACCCAAACAACAGUCACAACAUAAUAUAAACCCCAUAUAUAUAUAUAUAUGACUCUCUGACGUCGGACUAAACAAACGAACCAUGGGCAAGGCCACGCCCUCCACCUCGGGGUCGGCGUACGAGCCGCUCCUUAAACGGCUUGAUGACUCCCAAUCCUCGAUCUCCCAUCUUUCAUCGCCGGAGAUAGAGGACUUCCUCCGUGGCGGAGCCGCUGGGUCAGCCCGGUGGUGGCUGAAGCUCGCCGUGUGGGAAUCACGGCUCCUCUGGCUUCUCUCCGGCGCCUCCAUCGUUGUGUCAGUGCUCAAUUACAUGCUUAGCUUCGUCACCCUCAUGUUCCCCGGCCAUCUCGGCACUCUUCAGCUCGCCGGAGCUUCCGUAUCGGCCGUCGGAAUCCAAGGCCUCGCUUACGGUAUCAUGUUGGGAAUGGCUAGUGCGGUCCAAACGGUUUGUGGUCAAGCCUAUGGAGCGAGGCAGUACUCGUCCAUGGGCAUAAUCUGCCAACGAGCCAUAGUCCUGCACGUUGCAGCCGCGAUGCUCCUCACGGUCUUGUACUGGUACUCGGGUCCAGUCCUUAGAGCCAUUGGCCAAUCCGAUGACAUUGCUCGAGAGGGUCAGGUUUUCGCUCGGGGGAUGAUACCGCAGAUUUACGCUUUCGCCCUCAGCUGUCCGAUGCAAAGGUUUCUGCAGGCUCAGAACAUAGUGAACCCCUUGGCGUACAUGGCUCUAGGGGUUUUCUUGCUGCACACGUUACUAUCGUAUCUGGUGGUUUACGUUCUUGGGUUCGGUCUGGUCGGGGCAGCUCUGACACUGAGCUUUUCGUGGUGGGUGCUCGUCUUUGCGAACGGUUUGUACAUCGUGUUCAGCCCGAACUGUAGGGAGACUUGGACUGGCUUGUCGGUUAGGGCUUUCAGGGGAAUCUGGCCUUACUUCAAGCUCACGGUAGCUUCAGCAGUUAUGCUUUGUUUGGAGAUAUGGUACAAUCAAGGGCUGGUGCUCAUUUCUGGUUAUCUCCCCAACCCCACAAUCUCCCUCGACGCCAUUUCCAUAUGCAUGAAUUACCUGAACUGGGACAUGCAGUGCAUGCUUGGUCUAAGCACAGCAGCCAGUGUCCGAGUUAGCAAUGAGCUAGGAGCCGGCCAUCCACGAGUGGCUAAGCUCUCGGUAGUCGUGGUGAAUGUAACGAGCGUUUUGAUAAGCCUGGUGUUCUGUGUGAUCGUUCUUGUGUUCCGUGUUGGCCUCAGCAAAGCCUUCACCAGCGACGUUGAGGUCAUUUCCGAGAUCUCCAACCUCAUCAAACUGCUCGCUGUUUCCAUCUUCUUAAACGGCAUUCAACCCAUUCUCUCCGGAGUUGCGAUUGGAAGUGGGUGGCAAGCAGUGGUGGCUUAUGUGAAUCUGGCCACUUACUAUGUCAUUGGUCUUCCCAUCGGUUGCCUUCUUGCCUUCAAAACAAGUCUUGGAGUUGCUGGUAUUUGGUGGGGCAUGAUCAUAGGAGUGUUGCUGCAAACUGUAACUUUGAUCUUUCUUACUGCCAGAACAAAUUGGACCUCGGAGGUGGCUAAAGCAGCAGAUAGGUUGAAGACAUCUGCAAAUGAGAGACAGGAAAUGGCAACUGAAGGAGUCUAAGAUCCAGGAACUUGGCCCUCUUUCAGUAGCAUGAGAUGUGAAAAUAAGGAAUUUUGUGUCAAAAGAGUUUUCAGAACAACCAUUUCAUUACAGAAGUAUCUAUGUAUUUCCUGGGUUCAGACCAACCAAGAAAAGCUUCGAUCGUCUC